GGCACGGACGAUGUGGUACACCGGCGUGGCCAUCGCUUCAGUUUACGGUGUAAUCAGUGUGUUGGGGCUGAUCGGCAACAUCACCCUCAUCAAGACGUUUAGCUCUGCCAAAUCUAUCCGCAAUGUGCCGAAUCUCUUCAUGUCCAGUCUUGCGCUCGGAGAUGUUUUACUGCUGGUGACCUGCGCUCCGGUGGACGCCAGCCGCUACCUGACAGAGGAGUGGCUGUUCGGGAGAGUGGGCUGUAAAGUCAUCCCCUUCAUUCAGCUUACCUCGGUCGGGGUGUCUGUGUUCACUCUCACAGCCCUCUCUGCUGACAGGUACAGAGCUAUCGUGAAGCCCCUGGACAUCCAAACAUCAAGCACCCCUACCAGCAUUGUCUCGCGGGCAGCACUCAUCUGGCUCUUCUCACUGGUCCUGGCAAUCCCUGAGGCGGUAUUCUCUGACCUCCACACCUUCAACAUCACCUCCACUAAUGAGAGCUUCAUCACCUGCGCACCUUAUCCCCAUGCUGGGGAACUGCACCCCAAGAUCCACUCCAUGGCCUCCUUCCUCAUUUUCUACAUCAUUCCCCUACUGGUCAUAUCAGUUUAUUACACCUUCAUCGCCCGCAGCUUGAUGAGGAGCGCUUCCAACCUGCCUGUGGAGGGAAAUGUGCAUGCAAGACGACAGGUUGAAUCAAGAAAGCGACUGGCCAAGACUGUGCUGGUGUUUGUUGGCCUCUUUGCAGUAUGCUGGCUACCGAGUCACGCCAUCUACUUAUACCGCUCCUAUCACUACUCCCAGGUUGACACUUCGCUGGUUCACUUUGUGUGCAGCGUCGUAGCUCGUAUCCUGGCCUUCACCAACUCAUGCCUCAACCCAUUUGCCCUUUAUCUGCUGAGCAAGACCUUCCAGAAGCAGUUCAACCAGCAGCUGUGCUGCUGCUGCCGUAUGAUCCUCAAGCACUCCUCGCAGAGCCCGACACAUUUCAACACACGUGUCACCUCUGUCCGCAGCACACAUCACUCCAUGGCAAGUCUGAGCAUGAUAAAUGGCAGGCAGGGCUAUCAGGAGGAUUGUGUGUGA